GUAACAGCUGAUUGGCGAAGAACAGACGUGAAGAAAAUUAAUGUACGGAUGGGGUAUUUUGACAUUUGAAAUGUCAAACAGCUAUCCUUUGAAUUAGAUCGAUAAAAUAAUUCGGAAAAGUGGGAGGAAAACUCCGGUUGGAAAAAAAUAUUGAUAAAAUAUUAAAAAGUCGAUUUUAAAUAAAUGCGCUAAUGAAAAGUGUUUGUGUUUCAAAAUUUAAGCUACUAAGGUGUAUUUAAUGCAAAAUGGGUGAAACUGCACCGAUGACUUUGCCAACCACCCAGGUGGUGGCAAGUACAAGUGCUACCAGCAGAGAAACGAUUACGCAGACACAACAGCAACCUCUAAAAGUGAAGGUGCUCAUAAUUGGUGCAGGCAUGGCAGGACUUUCGGCAGCGAAUCAUUUAAUACACAACGGUUGCAAUGAUUUUCGAAUUCUAGAAGCACGUACUCGAAUUGGUGGACGUAUUAUUUCGAUACCGCUCAGUUCGCAAAGAGUCGAACUUGGUGCGAACUGGAUACAUGGUGUUUUGGGUAAUCCGAUUUUUGAGAUUGCCGUACAGCACGGUCUAGUCAGUGUGGUUAACAUACCGAAACCACAUACGGUAGUUGCCACAACCGAAGAUGGAAAUCAGGUUCCUUUCAGUAUUCUUCAAGAGAUCUACGAGGCAUACGUUUGCUUUUUACGACGAUGUGAUGAGUACUUUAUGUGUCAAUAUAGCCCACCGCCGGAUAUAAAUAGCGUUGGUGAGCAUAUUAAUUACGAAAUUGAAAUUUACCUUAGCUCUGUAACAGACCCGAAGGAAAAACGCUUAAAACAAUUGAUUUUCAAUUGUUUACUCAAGCGUGAAACCUGUAUCACUGGCUGCACAAAUAUGAACGAAGUGGAUCUUUUAGAAUUAGGAAGUUACACAGAACUACAAGGUGGAAAUAUUGUGCCGCCGCAAGGCUAUAGUUCCAUUCUGCGCCCACUUUCCGUAUCUAUACCCAAAGAAGCAAUCAUUACCAAAUGUCCGGUAAAGAAAAUACAUUGGAAACGGAAAAAGACACCUACGGGUUUAGAAACGGUUGAUGAGAACUCAGAAGACGAUGAUGAUUCAGAUGAUACCGAGAAAACCGUUACAGAAGUACCAGUUGCUGGUGUAGUAUCAACUGCCACGGCUACUGCCCCUGUACGUGAGAAAUCGACUGAAUCAGAUGAGAACUGUGAUUCGAGUGGCAAUUUAAUUGAUGCUCCUGUGCGUGUUGACUGUGAAGACGGACGAACUUUUUAUGCUGAUCAUGUGAUAUGCACAAUACCACUGGGUGUACUGAAGGAAACGCAUAAAACUCUCUUCACUCCUGAAUUGCCGCACUAUAAACAAGAAGCAAUUGAAAAUUUAAUGUUUGGCACAGUUGAUAAAAUUUACCUUGAAUACGAUCGACCCUUCAUGAGUACCGCCAUUUCGGAAAUAAUGUUAUUAUGGGAUGAUGAUAAAUACGAUUUACAUCUUUCCGAUGAAGAACGUAAUUCAAAAGAGUUUUUAAGUAAAAAUUGGUACAAGAAAAUAUAUUCAUUUGCUAAAGUGUCGGAGACACUACUUCUGGGUUGGGUGUCGGGACGAGAAGCUGAUUACAUGGAAACAUUGUCACAUGAAGAAGUAGCUGAAAAAUGCACAGAAAUAUUACGGAAAUUCUUGAAAGACCCGUAUGUGCCGAAACCUAAACUAUGCGUAUGCACAAGUUGGAAAUCACAAACAUUUACGCGCGGCGCUUACACUUCGAUACCUAUUGGAGCAACACAAGAGGAUAUCGAGCUAUUGGCGCAGCCACUUUACGUCAACCCACAAGCGCAAAAGCCCGCAGUGUUGUUCGCAGGUGAGCAUACACACUCAAAUUUCUAUUCAACUGUACACGGUGCCUAUUUAACUGGUCGAACUGCCGCGCAAUAUAUUCUCUCUGCGGAGGAACCGAUCGAAGUCGUUAUGGAAGCUGAUACCAGCGAUUUGAGUUCUUGGAUACAAGGCAUAUCGUUGGAAUAAAUCUAAAAUGAAAUUUAAAUCCAACACAGCAUUCAUCACGAGCAGUGGGCAAUACAAAGGCAACGAGUACAUUCGAGAAAAAUAAUGAAUUGAGUCAGUGAACUUCCAUUGAAGUGUGGCUUUGUAUUGAACGUUUGCAACUUUUAAGCGACUUAGUAAAACUUUUAAAUAUUUACUACUUUACAAUGUAUAUGCAUAUAUGUAUGCAUAGAGUUGCCUUGGUUAAUUUAACUUUUGUGAUUCUUAAUCACAAUCAAGAUCCUAAGCCUAAUAGUCUAUAAUUUAUUUCCGAUAACUUUUUUUUUUUUACAAAUAUUUGAACUUUUAGCAAGUAAUCAUUAUGCUUCGGUACUUUUAUAAAGUGCGAUAUACGUGAUAUCCAUAUAAGUUGAGAAUAUGACGUUAAAAAAAUAUACAUUGCA